AUGUCGGAUAGAGAAUCUAGAAGCAAACCGAAAAAGACGGUGAUCGGCACUUUUUUGGGCCGAUUGAGUCGGAGCAAAAGUCGCGGAGUCGAUGGAGAAAAGAAAAAAGAGCAGCCUGCCGAGAACGGGAAGCACGUUCCCGUCUCGAAAAGCGACGGAAACAUCAUGUCGGCCAACGAUCGGCGCUUCUCGGCCACUUCCCACCGAGGUUCCCCUUUGCCCCUUCGGCCUCUUCUGAUUCCUUCAGUCGUUCCAGAAGCCGCCGCAAAUAUUCUGGCAGAAGAGGCGCGGAUGUCGCCCGCGCGACGCCUUCUCAAUCGGUUCUCGACGCUACGAUCAACUGGAAGAUUCAGGGUGAGGGUCCCAGUGUUUAUUACUUGUUGACACUUGGAAAUUUUUUUUCCAAGUCUCAAAAUGUUUCAUUUUCUCAUUCAAGAAUGAACAUUUCUCUUUCUCUGGAGUCCAUAUGUUUUCAGUCGAGUUCCCGUGCCUCCAGCGACAGCCUCAACGCGACCCCGAACGCUCUAUCAAGUAAGAAUGCUUUGUAGUACACACACACACACACACAUUUUGAGGGGUGAUUCAUGCAUUACUAAACACAUAUCUCAUCUUCCUUUCUCUUCUAUUUGUGUAUAGUAAACCCGUGGUGAUUACAGCCAAAACGCCGUCAGAACACGACCUCCAUGCCGUCGUGGCAAAGCCAAACAAAAGUUUGGCGCCGCCAUCUGGAGUGCCGACAGGAGCACAAUCGGAAACAGAUCUGCGCUUCGUGACGACACGAGACAGCCAUGUAAGUAGCAUGUGGAAAGUGCAUUUGAAAGAGAAAGAGUAGCGCUUGCAGAGAAGUAUUCCACUGAACGAGCCGUUUGGAUUCGGAGACAAGUCCCCACGUGUCUUCAUGUCGGAGAACGAUCUCACUUCGGGAAGCGCCGACUUCCCGGAAGUCAGCCGAACACCGAGCUAUCUGAGGAUCUCAUGUGCUCUCAACGGAUACACAAAGUAGGAGAUUUGAACGGAAGUGAAAAGUGAACGCAUAGUUUCAGGUCGCCAAAAGCUGAUUUGACGCCGAAAGUGGCGCACGGAGAAAGUCUUGUGGAAAGGUUAGUUCAUCCACGUGGCCAUUUUCUAUUAGUGAAAACUCGUCUGUUUCACUUAUCUAAUUGACGCGUAAAAACGUGUCGGAUAAUUGUAAGAGGAUUAUUAUAGAAGACAACGGAUGUUCGAACAUCCACAAUUGCGAAGACCUGAUCCCGGAUUCAACAGUCCGAUUACAACGAGCAGCAAUUCGAGGACAUCGACUUCCGAAUGGUGAGUGAAAGAAAAAGGGAAAGAAAACUUUCCGUAUCGCGUCGGCCUGAUUGCCUUUCGUCUCAUCGGUAUCAUUUGGAGAGGAGGGCGCGCGUUCAGUUACCGAAGUAUCAAGUGUAAUUUGAUAAGCCGAAUUAAAUGUAACACGAGAGACUCGUCCUUGCGGGAGAGCGUUCGCCUGCUGCUGGCCUCAUCGGUCAAUGACAGAUUGGCGCACAAGUGCGAACACAACAAACGGACGGACCCUCCCGAACCGACACAAUUACCCGUCGGUUGACCGCCUCCUCUCCGCAUAUACACGCGCUCCCCCUUUCGACCCGAAAUUUUUUGUAUACUUUUCGGUUGCACCUAUUCGAAGGCGAGGGCGGUGGCUGCUGCUUGAGGUGUGAACAUAAUUGCAGGCCCCAAAAUCGCAUGCCUUCAGAAGGCGUGCUUCUAUGACUUUUUUGGAGUGGAAUCUGAAGUGAAACUAGUUUUUUAUUAAUCUGCAAGGAUUUAGGUGACGAUUUGACACGUUGUCGCCUGGUUGUCCGCAACAGUUUUACAAUCUGUUUCCUCUCGCUCGCAGCUUGUUUUUACGCGCGUUUCGUCCUUCGCUCGACACGAUAAACUUACUUCCUCCCGGACCAUAUCCGAUUUCUCUCAACUGGUCUCGUGCUGUUUCUCGAGAGCCUCCUCUUCCCUCAUGUGUCGACCCUAAUUAUUCAUCUCGUCGAACAGCCUCUUGUGGUUUGUGUGACGUGCGGACCUCUCCCUCCUUUCACGCGUCUAUUAUUCAUGAAUAGCUUUGGGCUUCCAACCAGAAAUUGAGUUCACGGGUCUGUUCCCCACGAAGAGACGCUCUUCUUCCCGCAUCGGACCACCUGUUGUCGCUUGCGCAUCGGUUUUUGGUGCUCUCCCGUUCCGACUUCGUUUUUUCCGUUCCUCCGGUUUUCACGGGCACCUGUUGUUGCCGGCGCUUCUCGGAAAAGCGUUACAAAUGAUCAUGUUUCGCUAAAUGAUGAAAAAUUCGAAUUCGAAUUGUACAAUACGUGUACAAUCUGGGCAACCUUUCCUUCAGUUCGGUCACUCCCAUUCGACCGUCCGUACAGUAGCUUCUUCUCCCCUCUCACCACUCCCUUCUGUCUUCUCAUGGUCUCUUUCUUCCUAUAGUCGUUCUCCGCUUUUCCAUUCUUCUCAUUCUCUACUGGUUGCCAUCUUUUCUUUUCAUUCGAUUCAAUCGAAUUCCCUAUAAAUCCAUUCUGAGAAAGAUGUUGUUUGGGCUGACAGAAUGGCCUCGUCUCUCCCCUUUCUGAUGAAUUACUGUCGAGCCAAGGUUUCGACCUUCUUCCGCUUUGUCGCCAGGUGGCACGUAUUCUAUUCCUUUCUCCGAUCUGUUCUUCUCAGGUUUUUCUCCCACUUCAUUUUAUAACAUUCACUUUCCUCGUUCUGCCUAAUUUAUGACGAUUAUUUGGAUAACCGUGUGUAUGUUUGGAGGAACCUAAUCCGCCAACCGAAUCGGGCCUGACCUCCUCCCGAUCGAACCGAUCUAGAUGCUAAUCUUUGUCGAUUCAGACGGCUUUGGUUGAAUUCUUCCGAGAAAAGAUGUCCGAAUUUUCACUUCGACAAUGGGAUUAUAUGCCUGGAUUAAUAACUCUGGCGGUCGUCAACCCGGGCACCCGUGUCAUGUUUGCACUCGGUGUUAGUACAAAUAUCAACCAAGCGCCGAAUGUUUUGUGGAACCUUAUGACCGUCGGGCCGUCACACGCUCGCGCGAACCGUCCUUACUAAUCAGGGAGUGGCCGUACCGCCCGGUUAGCCAUCCGACAGAGUUAUUCGCCCUUUUCCGUCGUUCCGCGGUUUUUGCUUCUUUCAAUUCGAUCGGACAACCUUGGCACACUCAUGGAGGAUAUCCCCUCUGAUCGCUGCACGAUUUCGAUUGGCUUCCGCCCAUGAUAAGCUUGCCCGUUGUUUGCCCUCUUUCACAUUUUGUCCGCCUCGUUCGCGCUUUCGGUUCCGCACCGCUACUCCGUCCGACGGCGGUGGUGGCGGUAGCCAGUCGUGUUGUUGACUGUCUCCAACGCCAUUUACCUGAACAAAUGUAUCAUAAUAGAUGUCAGUGGAUACGUUGUCGAUGACCAGUGCCUCCAGCGAGCCUUUCGUAUCAUCUUCUCGUUCGCCGCCGAUCCUCCAUUCUCUUCCUUUCUCUUUCUCUCGUACCUCUUCUCGACUACAAGCCCUUUCGUUUUUUACACGCCCAGUACACUGAUAAAAUUCCUGUCAUUCUGAAACCCGCACUGUUUCCCAAUCGUUUACUCAUCACACGUUUUUCGCCUCUUCACCCCUGCAAACAGAAGCUCUGAGAAACAUUUGAACUGUGAACUAGUUCCCUUGAUAAACUAUUUCCGUUCUUACAGCUUGACUCCGAUCGCUGUCGCUCCACUCCAAAGCAAUCGGCUCAACGCUUUCCAAAACGAGAUGGGCAACAAUGUUUCGACGCCUGCACCCAUCAGAGAUCUGAUCAGCAAGUUCGAACAGCUGGAUCUUUGCAGUGCUCAUAAAAACGAGAAGGAGGGUGUGGAGAACAUCGAACCACAUAACUUCAUUAUCAAUGAGCAGCCGGUAAGUCGAAAACAUUUAUCAUCAUUCUUAUUAAUACAACAACAGGUGUUCGACGAGAUUGAUUUGAAAAAGGAUUCGAACGGGAAUGAAGAGCAGAAAGAGUCGGAAGAGCCGAAUCUGAAGAUAUCGACAGACGUCGAGAGUGACAGCGGUAUAUCCGGAUCCUCCCCAGCUAGCUCGAAAAAGAACGUUGAAAUUCUGAAAGACACGAAUGAUGACAACGAACAAGAGGUUACGACGACGACGCCGUCGGACGGGUACGAAUUCAGAAACCUUCAUGACAAAGUGAAAGCUGAAUUGGAAGAGAAGAUCGAAGCGGCGAGCAAGGACCUGGAAAGAGUGGACGAACUGCCUGAGAAGUGCGCUGAUUCACUGAGAGCCGCGCACGGAAAUGCAAGUCUGCUGGUCAGAAAAAAGUUCCACAAGUUCAACGAGUUGAUCGACAAAAAUCUGGUAAAUCUCAUGAAGAAGUGUUUUUUUUUACACAAACCUCUUGUUUCAGAAACCAAUCGCCGAUGAUCCUAUGUCAGUGAGCGUGCAAGAUUUGGAGGGCUUCUGGCCGACGAUCACCAUGGAGCUGAAGGGAAUUCUCGAAGAAUUUGCAAAGGUCGAGAAGUAUCGCGCAGCGAACUGGGAUCCGAGUGCCGUCGAGGAAGAGGAAGUGGUCACUUCUGUCCCAGUCGUUCCCAAAUCGAGGCCCGUGACCGCCAGAAAGAAGCAACCAGCGAUGUCUGAAGAGACGAAAAAGAAGCUUGCUGAGCAGGUAAGAAAUAUUAUUUGACGCUCCUAAUAAACUCAAAAUAUUAGCAUCUGCGAAUGCCAUAAAUACGCCCUAACUGACACAAUUAUUCAUUCUUACUUAAUAAAAAGGUAACGGGGUCUGUCCAUUUCUUUCUUUCUUUCUAUCUUUCUCCGCUUGUUCGGCCAUUUUUUCAUUUCUAAAAGCGAAACAGUUGUAACGGAGAAAUCAAGAAGUGAACACGUGAACGUUCGACGGGUUAUGAGAAUUCAAGGCCCAGGUGUACAGUCUUGUAGGAUAAUAAUGUGCGGAAUCUCUAUUCAGUAGCUCUGACCAACGGUCUCUCUUUUCAGAAAGCGCAAGCGGAACAAAGGCGAGCUGAAAUGCGUGCCCAGAUGCUCCAGAAAAAGAAGACGAUCAACCAAGAGAAGCCAGUGCUCGGAGCGUCCGAGGAUUGCUGA